CUGUGAGUCAAAGGGCAGCAGCUGGAGGUCAGGUGUGCAUCUCAGUGGCUUUCCCGGUCUAACUUCUGGACUGCUGGAACAGGGCAAGCUGUCCGGUGAUGAGAUCAUUGAAAUGGGAAAUAUACAGGCAGGGCUCAAACAUUGAGUCAUAUGCACAACAAUGAGUCAUAUGCAACCAUUCGCACAUAGCACUGGAUAGGUGACUGGGGCAAGUUAACGCAACUGCUGAUUGGCAGAACUGGGGACCAAAUGCACAUGUGUCUUAGUCCUGGCCCAGAGCCCUUUAGCUGGGGACAGCGGCUGCAUCCCUGGAUGAAAAGAUGUGGGAUCAGAGAAGCCACAAGCAGGCCACUUCCUCUCACUCACUCUUCUCAGCUUCUCAGGGGGCAGCUCCUACUCACUUUGUCAAGAUCCCUAUCUGCUCCUGCACGUGGGAAGUUUCCAGGCACUUGCGCGUUGCAUCCCUCAGAGGGGUGGGGAGGGCGUGGUCAACGCGGCCCUGGACCUGUGUACCCACCUCUUCUCCCCAUGACUUCCCCACCUGGGAGCACCCAUUUCGCUCUAUAAAAACCCUGGCCACUGUGGGAUGGGGCACGGACAGCACUUGCUUCACCAGACUCGUGAGACCUCUCCAGAGAGACCCGAGCCAGCCCGCGAUGAAGCUCACCACCAUGGCCCUGGUGUGCCUGCUGCUGGUGGGGACGUGGCUGCAGGAUGGGGACAGCUGGAGUUUGCACGUGUCGUCUUCCAAUUGUUGCUUCACAUCUGUAAGGAAAGCGAUUUCCCCGAAGAGCAUCCUGUGUUACAGAAACUCCAGUUCCUCCUGCUCCCACCAGGAUCGUCUAAUAUUCAAAUUGAAAGGAGGCAAGAAGAGCUGUGCCUUGAAGACAGACAAAUGGGUUACCGCUGUCUUACGGAAGAUAAAACCCUGCUUGCCGACGGAAAUGUGAUCCGGCUCCUUUCUACCCUGGACUCCGGAGGCCUCCUGGCUUCACCUGCCCCCACCCCCACCCCUCCACCCUCCACCUGUUCUGCGCCAACAUUGCUAGGCCACGGAGGGUCUGGUGGGUUGUCACACUUCACAUAUUUAAACUACAGAAUCCUUGAUUUCUGCCUCCCUGUGCCUCUCAGACCCCACAGGGAUCUCAGGUUGCAAAGGUGAUUGGCACUGAGGGUCUGGGGCCAGCGACUGGAGGGUGGGGGAGCAGGGGAGACAUGUUGCACCUGGUGCCAAGGGGACUGACUUCUUGUCAAUAAGAGUCAAUAAGUCAGAGGUGGGGAACAUCCAGCCUGUGGGCCUUAUAAGGCCCCUGAAAUCAUUGGGUCUGGCCCUGCCAAAGCAUCAGGGGUGAAUUAAUUAAAUGUUUGACCAAAUAUAGCAAGCUA